GAAUGUGGGAGAAAACAGUUUUAAACAAAGCAAAUCUCUAACACAGUUAUACCAACAUCGUAUUCUAUAAAAAAAAAAUAUUCACCAAAAAAAUAAAUUUUUAACACAACUGAAAAAGUGAAAAGUUAAGGGAGCAAAACAAACUCCCAACUUUUAUUUACAUUGAAAAAUCAAUAGCCUUUAAAAAGGAAAACUUAUCAUUCCUAUUGCGAAAAAAUAUCCUCCAUGUUAAGUAACAACUGGCAACAACAUCGUAGUUAAGUAAUAAUUAAUUAACCAGAAUUGGUAUAGAAACCAAUGUGGAGGCAGUUAAAGCAUAGUACAGCGCAAGAGGAAUUUGAAAUAAUAAAUACCACAUCAUUAAAUGCCAAAGUUGAAGCGGAACUCUAAAUUUUUUUAACUAUUCCACCCCCACAAAACUCCCACCCACGAUUUGGUGUGCACUCUAUUGUGACGUCGAAAGACAGACCUACCUGGCAGGUGGCAUAAUAAAUUGCGUUUCCGUUGCCUGGGGAUACAAUUGCUUGCAUCUAGAGAGGAAACGGAAAUAAAACAAAUCCUUACAAAUUAUGGCCAGCACUGAAGCUAAUUCGAAACAGCAACAGCAGCUAUCAAGAAUGCAACCAUCAUCGACAAACACAGCAACAUCGAGUACUUCUUCGUUGGCCUCCUCAGCAUCUUCGUCCAAAUCGAAUAAUGGCAAUAACAAUAUAGCGGCCAAUGCUUUUCUCAUGGAAGCCACAAAUGGCUGCUCCAUGGCAUCACCUAGCAGCAAUUCGGCUAUACUACAUCCGCCGCCUCCGCCGCCUUAUCACUAUGCAACAAAUGAUGGUAAACAAUCUAUGCCCAUUCAUAUGCCUUCUUCACUUUUGGAAUUGCCGAAUGAUAAAAUUCUCAUGGAUAAAGCCAAACUUUUGGAAGCUGCCUCCCUGGAUGAAGCCUUUGGUCCAGCCGUUAUCAAUGAGCCGCAAAAAAGACGCUGGCUUUCGUCGUUGCACAGUGUUAUAUUCAUUAUCACCUGUGCCCUGGCCAUAUUUAUUGUCUUUAGAAAUGUCUUAACUUGGCAUUUGCAAAGCUUCUGGGGAGCAUCGGGCGAUUUUUGGCAAGCGCAAUGGGACAAAUUCAUCGAUAUUACAGGUGAUGAUCCUUUCAUGUUCUGGGUAUUCGGAACGAAUAUCUUUACCAUGUUGGUGUACUGGUUGGUCGGCGGUAUCUACACCUUCAUGGACAUAACAAAUUGCCCGGCCUUUUUGCGAAAAUACAAAAUUCAACCGGGUACAAAUGAGCCAGUGGAGCGAGCAAAGCUAUUAAAGGUCAUUUCCAAAGUAGUGACUAACCAAGUAUGUGUCGGUGUGCCCAUAGCAUUUAUCUCCUACAAACUGAUGCAGCUGAGGGGUUUAACCUCAAUCCGCGAAUUGCCCACAUUCCAUUGGGUUUGUGUUGAGUUGACCGUGUGCAUUCUGAUGGAAGAACUGGGAUUCUAUUACUCACAUCGUCUGCUGCACCACAAGAACAUCUACAAGUUCAUACACAAACAACACCAUGAAUGGACAGCCCCCAUAGCGGUUACGGCCCUGUAUUGCCACCCCAUCGAACAUAUAUUCAGUAAUUUGUUGCCGCCCUUCUUGGGGGUAUUUAUAAUGGGCAGUCAUGUGGCCACGGCUUGGAUGUGGUUUGCCUUGGCCAUACUAUCAACAUUGAAUGCUCAUUCCGGAUAUCAUUUGCCAUUCUUUCCCAGUCCGGAGGCCCAUGAUUUUCAUCACUUAAAAUUCAACAAUUGCUUUGGAGUCUUGGGUGUUUUGGAUCGUUUGCAUGGCACCGACAGUCUGUUUAGGGCCUCAAAAUCCUAUGCCCGUCAUUUGAUGAUGUUAAGCUUUGUACCACCGCGUGAAGCUUUUCCCGACUCGACCAUGAAAUGAAUGACCAUACACGCUCACACACAAAAAUGGGAUAUGCAAAGAAAAGCUUUAACAUAUGAUUUCUCUGGUUUAUUUUUUUUCCUAUGUUAGUCCUUAAGUCUACUAAAUGUACUCGUAAACGAUGUAGGGCCGUUAAUUUUUGAUAGAAUUCCACCUACAGCACUACUAUAGCAAGCCUUCGGGAAUAACAAGACGAAGAUCGACACUUAUCAAAAACUCUAAGCACUAAAGGGAGUGUGUGUGAUAGAUAGCUUGACUUAGUUUCACUUAGGUUUAAUGAAAAAAAAACUGAACAACUCCUCACACUGAACAGAAAAAGUAUUUUAUAUAUAAAACCAAAAACUAUGUAAUAGAAAAAGACCUACGAAAUUGAAAAACAAAAAAACUAAAUGCAUACUCCUGCAUUUGUCAGUUUGUAUUCCUGAUUAAGAUACAUACACUUAUAUGAAUGCAUGUAGGAUGAAAGUAAAUAAAAAUAAAUUAUAUAAAUUUUUAAACAAAAA